CCCACCCUCCCUCUUCACAAAAGGCGGAAGUUGACAGAAAUAAGACGAAAACAGGUAGAACGUCUCGUCCUUAACAAAUCGCUGCCUUCUUUCUUUUUAAACAACAAGUUUAACUUUUUAAACGCAGAACGGCUGAUGUUUUAAAUAGCUCUGCGAUACUGAAACGUCUUUUAAACUCUGCUGAGAAAAUAUAGCCGUUUAGUGAAAGUGAAAGUACAGCUAACAUGGCAGAAUACAGUGACGAGGAUAUCACAGACAGGCCAUCUCUUCUAGAGUCAGACUUAACGUGUCCUGUCUGCAAAGACAUUUUUAAGGAACCCGUGUUGCUCUCGUGUAGCCACAGUUUCUGUCAAGAAUGUCUGGAGGGCAGCUGGAAGAACCAGUCAAAACGGCAGUGCCCGAUGUGCCGAAAAUGCUGCGACGGAGAGACACCGAUCCCCAACCGCGCACUAAAAAACACCUGCGUGUCCUAUAAAAAGGAGAGGAACUGGAGAGGACAAGGUUCUGGUGUAGAUGAAGUCAUCUGUGGUUUGCACCAGCGGCCCUUCCAGCUCUUCUGCAUUAAAGACGAGGAACCCGUGUGCGUCGAGUGCGUUACUCUUCAUCCAGGACACGAGCUGGUGCCUAUAGAGCAAGGGGUGCCUUUCUGCAAGGAGGAGCUUAACAUGAAAAUCAAAAUACUGGAAAGUAAGCAGGACUCCUUCAAAAGAAUGAAAAAAAGAUAUAAAGACACCAUCUCCUUUAUUGAGAGCCAGACUAAAGAUGCAGAGAAACAAAUCAAAGAGGAGUUUGAAAGACUCCAUCAGGUCUUAUGUAAUGAGGAGACGUCUAGAAUAAAUGCUUUGUGUAGAGAAGAAAAUGAGAAGAAGCAAGUGGUGAAUGAGAAGAUUGAAAGCAUCAGUCGUGAUAUCGGGGCUCUUGCAGAAUUGAUUCAGGCAGUAAAGAGGGAAAUGGGAGCUGAGGAUUUGACUUUCCUUCAGAAUUUCCAGAAGCUAAAAAGACGAACCCAGUGGACUAGUGAGGAACCAAAGAAGGUUCAAGGAGCUCUCAUCAACAUGGCCUUGCAUGUUGGUGGUUUGGGAUACAAAGUCUGGGAGCAGAUGCUGACUCAUGUCACAUGUUUGCCUGUAAUCCUGGAUCCCAACACAGUCUCGCCCUGGCUCUCCAUAUCUCCUGAUUUUUCCAGUGUGCAACAGAGUCUGGAAAGACAGACUUUCCCAGACAACCCUGAGAGGUUUGAUCCCUGUGUUUUUGUCCUUGGCUCAGAGGGUUUCUCCUCAGGGCGCCACCGUUGGGAGGUCCGUGUGGCUGACCACCCCAAAUGGAUCUUGGGAGUAUGCAAGAAGUCAGUGGUUAGGAAGAGAAAGUUCACCGUAACAACAAAAGCUGGAGUGUGGACCAUUGGUCUGAGUAAAGGAGUCUACAGUGCCUUAACCACUCCACGCACUGAGCUGAGUCUAGAGAGAAGGCCUGAAACCAUCAGGGUAAAGGUCAAUAUGGAGAAGGGGGAGGUUUCCUUCUGGGAUACAGGCAACAACAAGCACCUAUGUACAUACAAUGAUAAGUUCAAUGAAAAGCUGUUCCCCAUCUUUGGUCCAGGGCUCCAGAGCACACCGAUCACUAUCUUGCCUGCUAAAGUGACCAUACACAAACAAUAAGUAAAUAUGCUUUAUAUCUAAGCCUGGUGAGACUGAAGAGUCUAAAACCUUCACUUAAGUUGCUACUUAUUUUGAACAGAAUUCAAGGAACAUUACAAAUGUACAGUACAACAGUACAAAUGAAUCUGUCAACAGCAUUUUUGGCAUAAUUCACCAUUUCCCUCUUUUUCUUUUUUUUUUUUUUUUAAUAAAACGAGGGACAAAUUGAAAUUAUUUUCAACGUUAUGCCACAAAUGCUGUUGAUUGUGAAAAAAAUGGAAAUUCAAAGGGUGAAGAGCAUUUGCUGAUAUAUUAUACUAAAAAUGAUUUAUAUUUUUUAUGUGUGUGUGAUUUACUGUGUCAGGAUGGAGGUAUUUUUUUUCCAUCCUCCACAACAUGAAUGGCAUCUUUAUUGCUGCUAAAACACUAUUGAUCGUUCAGUAGAGAAUGUCUUUUAUAUCUUCCAUAGAUCUUACUUAAUCCUACUACUUUUGAAUGAUGAUGGUCAACAUAAGAAUUAAACAAUAACAACUCAAUUUCAACCAUAAAUUUUUUAUUUGUUUGUUUGAAUACUUAAAGAUGUCUGUUUUCCGUUUUUUAUUUGCCGUUUAAUUGUGCCAGGUAUGUUAUUUACAAUAAUAUAGUACAGCUUUUGAUAUCACAUAAAUUUAAUACACAAUACCAAUAAAUGAUCUCACUUAUCAGA